CCGACGACGUAAGACGAGAUAAUUAUGGAAGGUAAUAUUCUCCCAACAACCAAGGCCAUAAUCACUAACAGGAGUAGCGAUACGGAUAUCUUUGUGUUUGAAGAUUACAACCAGCGAAUUGCUAUAGCCAUUAUCCUCUGUAUCGUCUUCGUUGUGGGAUCCAUCGGCAACACACUUGUCAUCACCGCAGUAGUCCUUUCCCGUAAACUUCGCUCAUCCACCAACUGGUUCAUCGUCAACCUGGGCUGUUCCGACCUUCUCACAUGUCUCUGUCUUCCGUUUAAUGUUGUCGCCUCUGUAAGUGACGGAUGGCCUUUGCCCGGAUGGAUCUGCGCAGCCAAUUCGGCCGUGCACUGGGUCUGUCUGGGUUCCAGUGUCACGACGCUGGCUUUCAUCGCAUUUAACCGCUGGUACCUGCUGACAAAAUCAGGGACUCAAUUCAAGAAACUCUACACAACUAGAAACAUAUGCUUCAUGCUGCUUAGCGCUUGGAUAUACCCAGCUCUUUUGGUCCUGGUACCUCACUUUGCUGGUUUGGGCAGACUGGGAUAUUCUCACAAGUUCAAAGCAUGCGGGCAGGAUAAUUCAAUUCCAACCUCAUUCUUAUAUAGCCUUAUAGCCGGGGCAUGCGCUAUCAUCCCUGUGUUCAUUGUCACCGUUGUUAUCUACGUUCGGAUCUAUAUUUUCGUAUCGAGACAAAGUAAAAAGAUGAACCAGCUCAAAAUAGCAGGAGCACCCCAGGCGCGUGGCAUAGACAAUGUCAACGUGGAAAUGAGCUCAUCAGAGUUUGUUUCGAAUGAACCGAACACUCUCACAUCUGGAAUGACAAUCACACAAAGCCGUUCAACUUCAAACCUUGACACAUCACCAUCAACCGAAACAGAUACAUCAAAUGGACCGGGCAAAUUGAGAAUUGAGAAUUUACCAAAAAACACACCCCUUGAAAUGUCUGGGAAUCAACCAAGGCUGUCUCCAGAAGGUACCAAAGCUAAUCAGAAACGUCUAAGACCCAUUCAGCAAAAUUCGCCUGAUACCAAGGCAAGACCACACCUGAACAAGUACAAUGUCACGGUGACGAAAAGACUUGCCGUUGUGGUGCUAGCAUUCAUCAUCUGCCUGCUCCCGUUCGGUGUGUGCGUUCUCAUCUAUUCGAGCGAUCCGGGCAUCCCUUGGACAGGCAUAAUGUUGACCUUCAACAGUUGCGUCAACCCUCUAAUUUACGCCAGGACAAUGCCAGAGUUCCGCAAGGUGAUGCUAGCCAUCAUUCGCUGUCGCUCCAAGGACAUCACUGAGCCAAUCGCCUGCAUCCGUCGCUUUCGUUAAUAGAAUGAGAUAGUAGAGCGAGAGCCUACGAGUUUCACAGCCAUACAUUGUCGGUCACAGAGAAAAUGUCAGAGAGUAAUGCUUGAAUUCGCAGGAUAAAU